CGGCCGCCAGCCCCUCCGUACUCGCUGUUAACAUGGCGGUUAAGUCCCAGGUGGCAAAGCUGGCAGCUCUGUCUUCGGGUCUGCCCUUUGCAUGUUUGACUGUCUAUGCAGCAACAGACAAGGAAUCACAAAGCCAGCUGGUGAAACCACAUCAGCUAUCAGUUUAUUCUCUGCCACCUCUGAAAUUGAAAUACAUUGAAGAACAGUCUGGUUACUUGCAGAAGCAAUUCUCUUCAGUAAGACAGAAAACUGGCCACUAUAUUGGAUGGUGCAAGGAUGCUUUUCUCUUUGUUAAAAAUGGAGUCAUGGAUUCAAUCCAAUUUGGAAAAGAUGCUUACGUUUACCUGAAGAAUCCACCACCAGAAUUUCUUCCUAAUGUCGGUAUCAUUACAAUGUCAGGCUUGGCAGGCCUAGCACUGGCAAGGAAAGGCUCUAGAUGGAAGAAAAUUUUUUAUCCACUAGGACUUGCUGCUUUAGGAAUUUCAGUUUGUUACCCAGCUCAGUCAGUGGUAUUUGCUAAGGUGGCAGGGAAAAAGUUGCGUUCUGCAAGCCAUCAAACCUAUGGGGCUUUGCAAUCACUGUGGGCAAUAAAUGAAGAUGUCACCAAGGUACAGCAAGAGUCAAUAUCAGUUACUCAGGAAGAUAAGAAAAAGAAAGAAAUCUCUAGUACAAAACCUGAGUCUGCUGUUGAGUCAAGAUCAUUUAACAGAACAGCAUCUUCUCCAGUAGAGUCCUGGAGUAAUAAAGAUCCAGUGCCUUCAUCAGGAACAGUGAAGACAUCAAAAUUUAAGCCUGAUCCAAAACUUUUGGACCAUGGUCAAUCCAGCCCAGAGGAUGUGGAUAUGUACAGUACUAGAAGCUAAGACAAAUAUGCUGACAAAUCUUUGCAAAGUGUUACAGAUAGGGGGAGGGAAAGAAGGGAAGGAAUAUUCCUUACGAUACAUACUCUGUGAUGUAUAACUUCAUCAGGUAUUUUCUUAUAUCCCAGUUUGUAUUAUUCACUUACAUAGUUCUAUUUAGUGAGUGUUUCGUUUUUCACUACCUGUAAGUAGUGAGGGUUCACUCAUUGUCAGUGUUGUUAGUGAGACACCGAGAAAGUGACUUUUGUCUGUGUCUUCUCACAAUGAGGUUUCUCUGUGCCAAGCUUGUUAAUAAAUGUCACUUCACAAAGGAUACUUGAAAGUAUAAACAUACGUCUAUAGUUUGGCUCAGAUGUUCGUUGAUCUGAAAGAAGAAUGUGAUGGAUGUGGUUUGCAAAAGCUUCAUUAUCUUUUUCUUCUUUGAGCUCUGGAGUGAAGGGCAAGAGAUUAGCCCUAAAAAGUCAGUUGUUAACAUCAUCCUAAUAGCAUUAUCUUCAAUACAUGUAUAAACAAGCCACUUUGUUGGUUUGGUUUGUUUGUUUUAUUUUCAUUUUGAUGUCAUUUGUUGUCUGCCUCUUUCACAAAGGUGAAUGGAAGCAGCAUCUUGUCCUGCAUGCUGCUUUUGUGUUUAAAUGUUACUUAAGUUUGGAAAAACACACGACUAAUCUCUAAAACAUCCUUUAUAGUCUGCAUUAGUUUUCACCUGCUUCUAAUACUUUGAAGAACUGUAUGCAAAUUGCUUAAUCCAUGAAGCUGAUACUGCUUGAAUUUAUAUAGAAUGUAUUAGUAGUGUUCAGGAAGUUGGCAACCAUCUGUAGUUUUGAGGCUUAAAGUGCUCACAAAUAUUAAAAAUGCAGAAUUAAUAGCCAGCUCUUUCUUCCCAGAAGUUUGUAGGCAGUGCCCAUUGAUCUUGGUAAGGUUUCUGUAAAAUUCUGUCAUUUUCCAUAAGAAUGAAAUUAGGCAUUAAAUUUCCUAGGAUUAAACUUUCUAACACUGCUUUUAUCAUUGUGUAUAGCUUUCUACUGCUAUUGGAUCUCUGUUCCUCUUAAAAAAACCAAAACAGCUCAUAUAAAGGUUGGAACAGAUCUGCUGGCCUUCCUUGAACAAAGUGCAACUCACAAUGAUCACCUUGCUGCCUAGAGGUAAUCUCACCUGUAUCUACUGUGGCACUUCCCUAAUGUAUAAACUGCAAAAGGACAAUGUGCUUGUACUUUGUCCUUCGAUCUGCUGAAAUCUGUUACCUUUCAGUUAAUGAAAAUAUGUGCUUUGUUGUAAAGUUGAGGGGGAAAGCAAGAGCAAACUGAGACAAACACAUAUUUUGGUUGGACAGUGAAUGGGAUAUGAAGGGGUAUUUGCUCAUGUUCUCUGUAAGAAGAGAUUUCACAACCUGAUUCCUUCUUCUGAUGCUAAUGUAAAGGCAAGUGACUAGUGAAAUACAGGCAAGCAGUAUUCCUACUGUCAUUGAAGGACUAGCAGAAGUUGUGAGGAGAUGCACAGUGUGUUGUCCACAAAGCACACAUGAUUAAUGAGUGAAAGAGUAAGUAAGGCUUUUAAGAUGCUUCAGAAACAGGGAAGUAUUGAUAUUUUGGAAUCCAAAUUUCAGGCAAAGUGUUGGACUUUGUUACAGAGUCCAAAGUAAAGUGAAGUCAGUAAAUGUGAGGUUUAAAAAAGGGAAAUUCUAUUAGUGAAACUUGUUUAGGACAGCUGACUUAGAAUUUCAUGUGUUUUGUUUAUUUAAUUAUCUCUUAAGGUCCAGGAAACUCAGAACUCAGGCAGCAAUCAGAGGAUAUCAGUCUUUACAGAGCUCCUGAACAAGACACAUUUAGUGUUCCAUCACAGAGAGAGGAGUAGGAAAAUUAGUAUGUGGGCUUCAUAUACCAUUUCCAGGGAAACGGAUGAAGAUGUAAGGCAGGAAGUGAAAAUGGGGAAGAAAUGACUACUUAGAAGUGCAAGACUGGAUGGCAGAAACUGCAUUUGAUCUGUCUACCUUUUCACUGGAUUCUGGAUUAAAAAACAUAACGCAAAAACCAUCUGCUUUACUCCUAGAUUCUGUUUAAAUUCUAACUUACGUCCUUUGAGUCAACAAGAAAGGCAAGAUGAUGCAGGUUUGCAUGGGUUUAGUAAGGCUUUACUGUGGUGAUGCUUUUCAGCACAUAGUGGGGAACUGCACACAAGAAUUGGUCUUCUGGGAGCAGGGAGAGAAGGUUCCUUGGAUAGCUGUUAAAGAACAAGCAUGUCUGCCCUUUCCAGGCAAGAGCAGGCCUUAGAAGAAUCUCUUUGUGCAGUGCCAAAAGCUAGUCUGGUCCUUUCCAUACUUACAAGGUCAUUACUACUCAGACCUCAUAGCACACAUGAAAGUGUCUGGUCUGCAAAAGGUAUGUGGGACUCUGUGCUGGUUACAGUCAGGAAUUAGAUGUUCCAUGCAAGCAGUUUGUAUUGCAACCCCUGAUUUUAGAAACAGGUUGUCCUAUAAAUGGACAUGGUACACAAAGCUAUCCUUAGGCUGUAUUUUUGUCUGAAAUUACUCAAUUACUUGUUUUCUGUUAACAGUUUUUGUUAAAUAUCCCCACACAGUUGAAAAGCUGGGAAUAAAAUUACUGCCUUAGGUGUUGGCACUGAAACAGCUACAGCCGGAGAUGACUCUUGCCCUGUCUGCAGCCAAAGAAAAUGGGACAAAGUAUGAAAAGUUUCCUAUCCUGUCUGGGUGUGCUCUCUGCUUUUCAGAAAUACAUAAUCUCAGCUGGUAUUUCUGUCCUGGAGCAUAGGUUUGUCAGUAGUGGGAAGGAAUGUUUUAGUAAAGCCUGGAAUAUGGUAUAUUGCAAUGGUUCCUUGCUAACAGAACUUCUGUUGGAGUCAGCAUUGUCUUCACCCAUGUGAGAUACUUGAGAGAAAUUUCUAGAGGUACCAAAAAAGAUGUGGGUUAUUAUAGAGAGGCUUGGAGUGUAUUUGCUGAAAUGAAGGCAAACCAGAUCAGAUUAUUAAUCUGCUCUAGUGCAAAUAUUGGAAUGGUGCCUGUGAAUCUUUAUUCCUUGGCUGCCAUUUCCUAGUGUUUCAGUGUAAAAAGGUGCUUCCUCUCUUCAGUUCAGACACCUGAACAUCUACGUUUUGUAUCAUACUCUUCAGAUGGCUUGUACCCUGUAACUACAAGGAGCUGAAGCCACAUCUCUCUAUCAAUAAUUUAUAGUAAAGGUGCUAUGCAAUGGCUUUAAAAAAGCAAAUUCAAAUCUCCAUUAUGCCAUGCUUGUGAGUCUUCAUAUUAAAUGUGUGCCUGACUUGAUCUCAGGAUCCCAGCCUCGGUACACAAACCUGUUAAACAAUGUAAAACUAAUGUGGAUAUGCAGAUAAAGUUGCACUGCAAGACAUGGUUUUAUGAAUUUAUACUGAAGCACUCAAAUGCUUCUCAAAUGUGGCAUGAAUGGUCAUUUACAGUUUCUUUCAUGAUGCAGUAAUACAAUAAUGUAAUAUAAGUAAGAAUAUAUACUGUAAUCUUUAUAUAUUUGUAAAAAGUUCAAGGUCCUAAUUGGGUCACAUAAUAUUUUAUAAUAUAGAAAGUGUUAAUUUAAUGCAUGUUUUUUAUUUAUGAUUAUAUUGACUAUACAGAGAUCUGGAACUUGUUGAUACUAAUUUUUUAUUUGCAUAAAACUGAUUUAUCCUUUAUUUUGUCAUAUUGCUGUGAAGCACCUGAAAAUAAAGGGUGAUGUGAUACUUUUUAAA